AUGCAAAGACAAUUCUUUCGGUAUCUUAAAACCAAGAGUCCCCAAUUCCAUGCCAGAUCUACGAUAAACACACUAGCGUUUAAACUACAACCUCCUACCAAAUUCACACCCCAAUCAGUUCUCAUAUUCUCAACUCCGACAAACUUACCACAAAUCAUUGAAGAUGUCAUUGAACUACAUCAGAGAAACAAUAUACAAGUUGUCGUAGCUGGAAUUGAUACAAUGGUGCCAUUCUCUGCUAGAAAUGGUGUCAGCGAACUUUGGCUUGAUCAGCGAUUGAAAAUAGGCAAUUCAUUGCUUUUAGAAGAAAGGGAUGACUUGGAUAAACCUCCAAGGGAAAGUGAUGGUAUCAACCCAGUUAGUGCAAGAAAGAAUUGGAAAAACAUUCAAGGUCAUUUAAGUUUAAAAUUGAGACAUGAAAUGGAUGCAAACAUAAACUUGGCCAAUACUGUGUUUUCAACUGGGUCGAUCCUCACUUUAUUUUACUUUGAUUCAGAGACAAAUGUCGCUCAUUCUGGCCAGCACUUGUGUGAACUAGAAGUGGCAUUACCUAGAGGUGUUGUUCCCAACCAUGCAACUGGGAAGAUUGAAGAUAAAUGGACACCAUUGUACCCAGGAAAACUGUUUAAAAUCACAAAUUGUGUGGGGAACUUGUUGAAAUCGAUUGAAAAGAACCCAGCUGCCAAGUAUUUGGAAAAUAAUGAUAAAUUAAUGAGUUUAAAGAGUAAAGAUACUGAAGUGUUUGUGAAAUUGAGGAAAAAAGGGACUACUGUGGUGGACAGAUUUAAAGUGACUGCUGGUGGUGGUGGAUGGGGUGCAAAAGCCGACAUCAUUGCCUUAUCCCCAGAAGCAAAGCCUGAAAGAGGUGAUGAGGUUGAAUUUUUCAUGGUGACUCCAAAUAACAGAUUUGUAAAGCACAAGGAGGAUGAUGUGGAAAAGUUUGAUCAUACAUUUGCGUUUAUAAGUAGCUAUGAGGAAACAGCUUAUAAUGGUGAUGAUGCUGACACUGAGAGUGAAAAAAUAUAUGAGACCUUCGGGUGUGGGUCAGAACUAGGUUUCUACUUCAAUGGAGUAAAGCAUCAUUCUCCCGGAGAAACGGUUUACAUAAAGUUAAAAUAA